GGGAGCCGAUCGACACGGCCGAUCAUUCACCACGUGUCUUACCUCCGUCCCCUUCCUUCCUCCCCAUCUCAUGGCACACCCCUGCGCCAUCUUUUUCUUCGGAAAAAGGCAACGACUCUCCAUCGACAUUUUCUUCCCCUACAUCUCUUGCCUUAUCCCCUACUCCGUCCCCACCACCAUCGUCAUGAGCUUUCUCACGGAGCGAGCCCUCGGCGACCAUCUCUUAACGCCAACCUACACCGACGGCGAUGCGACGACGAGCAGCACUCGGACGGCGGCAGCGGAUCACAGCACUAGAAGCGGACUCGCCGAAGGUGCGGCCGAGGAGAGGGUCGACGGCGUUCGCCGCGACAAAGGAAGAAGAGAUGGAAAGCGGGAGGGCGAUGACGACGACGACCUUCCACUUGUGACAAGGUUGAAGGGAGCGGCAAAGGAGGACGGUAUGGAGGAGAGGUUGAAGUUGUGGGUUGAUUGCGACUCUUUCUGGGGUCAGGGCCCAGGGAAACCCUUGAGGGAGGCGGUUGGCGAGUGCGCGGACUACUUUGUCACCAUCGCCAAUGGAGACGCAGGAGCUGAGCCGCCUGCGAUGCUCAUAAUGCCGCCGUACGACGUUCCACGCUUCAAGAUCGAGGACCCUGCGCAUCGUGACCAGCUUUGCGCAGAGUGCGCAGCGUGGAAAAAAUGGUAGUCAUACAUCAGCGUCGACAUUGCUAUAGACGUCACACGAGCAGUUUGGCAGGGACAGGAAUGGUCGAAUGUGAUUUCCCCUGCACUCGUCUACCACAUGCUGGCGAUGAAGAUGGACGUGCCUCUAUGGUUCGCGGGCCUGAAGAUUAUGGAUCGGCCUCAAGACGACGACAUGGCGGCGCGGCAGGAGGUGAUUGUUCUUCGCGUCGCGGAGUGCUGGACAGAUGCACUGUGGUGUGGACAAUGGGCGGACGGCGGCCGCGUGAAACAGGAGAGGUUGUCUCGGCUUGCGGAUUGUUUUCGAGCGUUGUUGAGCGCGUGCAUGUGGAUCAUGCGCAUGGGUGGUGGCGACGACCGUUCGCACUGCGACGCGUGCUUGUACGUGUCCAUGGUCACCAAACCCACAAUGAUAGCGGCGGGGUCGUACAUCUUCAACUGGCGGCGACACAUCGUCGACAGCGCCAACCUCGUCUUGGAUCGUAUAGGGAAGGCUCACCUCAUGCUGGGAGAUUGCCCGCACUGUAUUCCGGAAUGGUGUGAUUGCGGGUUGGUGCUCGGUGACAACGCAGCCCUGAAGAAUGCAGCAAAAGCCGCGAAACACGACUGGAUCGGCAGCGGACCCGCGGCGGAGGAAGACAGAGAUGAGGGCAGUUGACACGUCGGUUCGUCCAUAACGCAGCGGCGGGGUGCGGAUCGUCGACUAAUUGGCGCGGGGGAUCACGAAACGACGAACGCAGCGCCUUCCACUGCAGACGGGGCAGCACGGGCGUGAUGGGUGUCGGCGGGUGUUGGUGGUUGAGGGAAGAAACGGAGAGCGUGAGGUGGGCAGUCCUGCGCCGCUCCGACGGUGUGUCCACGUCAGCAGACGUCGUGCCGACAUCAGCGGAUGUCGUCAUGGUGCAUGUGUUGUGAACGAUGUUUUCCUUUUUUUUUCUGUUUUCAUUUUGUGAUUGGAAUGCACUUUGUACUUUUGCUCCGCAAUAGGGUUUCUUGUCUCGGUGGAUGACACCGCCGAAAUGUACGUAGAUGGCAGGAGCAGUCCGUGUGUUGUGCGGGACGCUAGAAGGAUCGAUAGUCAGGAGCAACGGAAAAUCGUCAGGGAGGGGAAAUUGCUUUGUUGUUCAAUGAAUGUUCUCAAAUUUA